UACAACGCGUACCAAUAUUUGAUCGCGUUGCACGUAUCUUGAAAAUUUCCACCAGUUUUAGAACAAAAUUGUAUAUUUUAAACCUACUCUUAAAACUAUGGAUUCUCCCGAAGAAGCACCGUUGAAAGCAAACUACAAAGCAAAUCAGAAAGAAAGGAAAACUUUGAAAGAGAAAAUAAAAUAUGUAAAAGACAAUAUUACUGUGGAACCUGUUGUAGCUUGUUUUGUAAUUCCUGGAGUACUAGCCCGACUGGCAACGCAAAAUCUUAAUUUAGAUAAAGCCUGUCGGGUUAACUUGGGGUACGGCGAUGCUGUGUGCGACUCCUUGCUGGCUAGAGAAAGCAACAAGUAUCUAAAAGAAGAAUUGGCCGUACAAGAACUUGUGGCGUCAAUGGAAGUUUGGAAGAACUUGAUCGUGACAGCUAUACCAAGCUUUCUAAUACUAUUCUUAGGCGCAUGGAGUGACAGGACGAGAAAAAGAAAAAUAUGCAUCCUAUUGCCAGUCAUUGGAGAUCUUCUCAUGUGCCUAAGUAAUAUUUUGAGUGUGUAUUUCUUUUAUGAAAUACCAGUACAGUUAACAAUGUUUCUAGAAGCAAUUUUUCCAGCGAUAACAGGAGGAUGGAUCACAUCUUACAUGGGUAUAUUUAGUUACAUAAGUGAUAUAUCAAGUGUUGAGACGAGGACUUUCAGGAUUGGGGUGACAAAUCUAUGUACAACCGCGGGAGGACCAAUAGCAUCCGCUUUAAGUGGAAUUCUGCUGCAUAAUAUUGGUUAUUAUGGUGUCUUUACAGUAAGCGGUUUACUGUUUUUAUUCAGUAUAUGCUACGGCUUCAUCUUUAUCCAAGACCCUGAACGACCGGUCUCUGAAAAGGAAAUUGAGAAUAAGUCAGCCGACGUAUGGGGCUCCCUCAAAUCCUUUUUCGACACGAAACACGUGAAAGAUACGUUGGCUGUGGCAUUCAAAAAGGGACCUAAUCACAGGCAGACUAAGUCCAUUUUAAUACUGACUUGCAUCGUUCUUAUACACGGACCGUGGUAUGGGGAAUACUCAGUACGUUAUUUGUUCACAAGAUAUCGGUUUAAUUGGGACGCGCUGAAGUACAGUUUCUAUAACACAUUCUACAUCGUGGUGCAUGCUCUAGGUGCGUUGAUCUCAAUAAGCCUAUUCAGUCGCUACUUAAAGUGGGACGAUUCAGUGCUAGGCAUCAUCUCGACUUGCAGCAAAUUUGUGGGCGGCAUAGCCGUUGCUCGCGCCACUACCUCAUUAGAUAUGUAUAUUGCGGUGCUCCUGGAGACAUUCAACGCAACAUCGUUCACAGCAAUGAGAUCCAUCUCAUCUAAACUAGUCACUAGCGAUGAAUUAGGUAAAAUGACAUCAGUAUUCAACCUGACAGAGAUACUGGCGAACAUGGUGUUUGGACCUGCAUACUCCUGGCUCUAUCGAGAGACCCUUUCAGUGAACCCUGGGAUCAUCUAUUACGUCAGUGCUGGUUUCACUGUACCUCCAAUUAUAAUUUUUGUAUGGGUUUUCAUUCAGCACAAAAAGGAUAUUCGUAAAGAGAUGAAUAAGAAUGAAGAAAAUGUAACUACAAAUGUAGAUCCCGGCUUAGAAAUACAAAAUUAG